UCAGAGCGAGGCAGGGACUGGUCUGUCUUGGCAGGAGCCGGCGCCAGGCGGGGUUGGCGCGAUGAGCGGUUGGAUGGCGCGGAGCCGAGCGCAGCGGGCUGCGGCCCUGGGCCUAUCGCUGCGGGUCCUGCUCAGCUUCUGGCUGGGCCUGGAGGCCGCCCCGACCUCGAUCCCGACCUGGUCCUUGACCCAGACCCCAGGCCCCAGCGCAGCCUCGUGCCCGCCCACCAGCUUCCAGUGCAGGAGUGAUGGCCGCUGCGUGCCCCUCACCUGGCGCUGCGACGUUGACCAGGACUGCCUUGAUGGCAGUGACGAGGAGGAGUGCAGUAUUGAGCCGUGUGCCCAGGACGGGCAGUGCAAGCCACCCACUGGCAGCCCCUGCUCUUGUGACAGCAUCGAUGACUGCCCUGAUGGCAUCAACAAAAAUGUUCUCAACUGCGGGCACCAGCCCUGCCCGGAGGGAGAGCUGCGCUGCCCGCUGGGUGGUUCCUGUAUCCCACGCACGUGGCUCUGUGAUGGCCACCCGGACUGUUCCGACUCCAGCGAUGAGCUUGGCUGUGGAACCAAGACCCUCCAAGAAGGGAGUGCCACGUCCAUGGGGACCCCUGUGACCCUGGAGAGUGUCACUUAUCUCAGGAAUGCCACAGUCACCUCUGUCGGGGACCGGGACUCAGUUCAGUCUGGAAACCGAAGUACCUAUGGGAUCAUUGCAGCUGCUGACAUGAGAACAGCGGCCAGAAUCAAGGGAGUGGCUGAUCGGGGUCACGAACUUGAGUUCUCAAAAUGUCUGGGAAGGUCUUCUGCCACUGUGGGAAGGUGCCUCUGAUACAGCCCAAAGAUGAAGGAUUUAAGGAAAUUCACCAUUCUCUCCCUGGCCAACCAUCCACACAUGGACUCCCCUUGAGGUGUGAAUGUCGGCUAUCUCGCUCGCCAACCCAAGAGCCCGGCUGCAGCUUGGCAAGAGAGCCUACUGCGUGAUCGAGCUUGCUGCCAGAUAAUGAAGCAGUGGUCGAGGUGGGCCAACUUUCCACCAAGAGCUUCUGGGGAGCUGCAGUGGGGCCCAGCUGUCCUGAUGAGCCCAAAUAGCUUCUCCUGUUCCCAAGAUUUAAGACUAAGUGCCCUAACCCCACACUGGUCCCCACUUGCAAAGUUUGUUCAUUCAUUUGUUUGUCUGUCCAUCCAUCCAUCCAUCCACCCACCCACCCAUAGUCCAUCUACUCAUCUGUUCAUCAAUCCACCUAUUCAUCUGUUCAUCCAUUCAGCCAUAUCGUCUGCUUGCCCACCUGUACACCUACCCAGCCAGCCAGCCAGCCAGCCAGCCAUCUAUCCAUCCACCUACCUGUCCAUCUUCCCAUCCAUCCAUCCGCCUAUCCAUACAUCCAUCUACCCACCUGUCUGUCUACCUGUCUGUCCAUCCAUCCAUCCACCCACCCACUGUCCAUCUACUCAUCCAUCCAUCCAUCCAUCCAUCCAUCCAUCCACAAGAUAUUCUCUGAGCGGCUUGUACAUGCCAGCCUGGGGCUGGAUGUUGGGGACGCAAGCAGGGAACAAAGCAGACACAUUCCUGUCACCAUGAAGCUCACAGCCCAGCAGGGGGAGGCAACCAAUACACAAGUAAACAGAUUCAUAAAUAAAUAACACAGUGUGAUGGGUCUGGUAGAAAAUAAACAGGGUGGUGCGAUUUAUCAAGGAAGGUCUGAGCUAGGUCUCAGCUCAUACACCAUCUGAGCUGAGACCUAGAGAUGAGGAGGGCCUGGGUUUGUGCAGAAGAAGGUAGUGAUGCUGCGAAGGGGGCUGGGAGGGGCCUUCCAGAGAAAUGAGCAGCAGGUACAAAGGCCCUGAGGCAGGACUGAGUAAAACUGAGUGUUGGAGAACCAGUAAGGAUUCCUGUGUGUCUGG